UGCCUGAUGAAAACAAACUCAGCAUGCGUGGUAUUUUAUGUCUCACGGAACUAAUUAUCCAGCCAAAAUAAAGGAUCAAGGACUGCUGGAGACGCUUAAGCAUGCAUUUGUUGAAGAUUUGAAAGGGAAUUCAGAAAAUGCUUCGACAAAUGGAUGUGAAUUGUUAAAAUUUGAUGUUAAUUCAAAAUUGAAAAACAAAAAUCUAAAAAGAAAUGUCGCUCAUCCAUGAGAUACUUAACCAGCAAUUGCGGCACCUCUUAAGAGCUAAAAGACGGUCUGACGACAGACGCACAGACUAUGCGAUCAAUAAGAGAAGCCGCAAUCGCUGGCGUUAUCAAUGCAAUCGGCGAUGUCCUGGCGGUCAGGAUCCCCGCUCCACCUGCCCCCGAACUGAAACAAUAUCCAGCAAUAUUAGACUAAACAGACGGGCCAGUUUGCCCGUGGGCAACCAUUGCAUAGUCCCAUUAUUACACAUCUGGCUGCGACUCAACGAAGUUACACCCGCUUCAACGAAUGCCAGUCGACAGCGGUGCAUGUACCGCUUUCAACUUAGGCAACGUUCUCUAUUGGAUAAUGUGCGACAAGUCAUCCGUAUUCAUUGGAACAACUUUCGUCAGAUGAUAAUGCCAGCAAGUGAACAAACUACGGUUGGCACCCAAACAGGAAGGCGUCAACAAGUUGAGAUUGUCAGAUGUAUAAUUACCCAGAAUAGGAUCACAUGGCUACAGAAGUUAAGGAGGAGAUUUGAGUUGAUCUCCAAGCAACUGGAAUCAGCGCUUACCAAUGUGGGUCCAAGUCCUGACUAUGUUAACACAUCGGCGGCCAUGGAGUUAAUUAAUCUUGCUGAUUUAAUAGAGCAACUGAACUCUGCUCUCAUUGAUCAUCUUAUUAACAAUGAGAACUAUGCAAUAUCCCCGACCCCUUCACUCACACAACUUGGCAUUUUUUUUCCAGUAUAGUUAGAAGUUAGUCUUGAGCUUCCAUGGGUAAUCAGCAAACGUAUAAAUUUUCCACCUUUAGUAUUUAUUCUUUUUUCUAUUUGUCGAUCUUUUAUAAAAUCGCUUGCAAUAAACCAACUCGUUUUGAAGGCGAGUCACCAGCCUAA